AUGGGGAAGGACGCCGGCGAGGCGCAGCAGCAGCAGCAGCCGCCGGACGGGGCGGGCGGCGGCGCAGGCGGAGGCGCAGGAGGAAGCAGGGGCGGUAGAGCCCGCCGCUUCUGCUGCUGCGGAGGCGGAGGAGGCGGCGGGGCGGCGAGGGUGGUUCGGCUGCAAUGCGUGGCGGCGCUCGUGCUCGGUGUGGCCGUGCUGCUGUCGGCGCUCUUCUGGCUCCCGCCCUUCGCGGGGCGGGGCGGCGGCAAGGAGGGCCCGGAUCCGGGCGACGAGUUCGGAGCUGCUAUAGUGGCAAGCUUUAGGCUACACAAGACAGUUCCUGAGCUGAGUGGAAAUAAAUCCCAGCUCGAAUUGGAUAUAUAUGAGGAAGUUGGCAUUCCUAAUUCCACGGUGGUUGUGAAUACGCUACAUCCAUUAGAUGGAUCAAACUGGACAAACAUCAUCUUCAACAUUGUCCCUUUCCCAGAGAACGUGACUGUAUCAUCAACAUGGUUGAGCAUUCUUAGAUCAAAGUUCAUGUCCUUGGUUGUACGGCAGUCAACAAUCCACUUGACUGAGCCCCUAUUCGGGAAUUCAUCAUCCUUUGAAGUAAUUAAAUUCCCAGGAGGAAUAACAAUCAUCCCUCCACAAACUGCUUUUCUUCUUCAGAAGCCCCAUGCGACUUUUAAUUUUACUCUGAACUAUCCGAUCUACAAAUUACAAGACAGAACUAACGAGUUGAAGGAUCAAAUGAAGGCAGGACUACUACUCAAUCCAUACGAGUUUCAAAUAUUUUGCAUUGCAGAAUCUGUAUAUCAAAUUGACAAAUUUGCAAGGUUCAACGAUUCUCCUCCAACAAUUGUUGAGACCUCCAUUGUCCUCGAAGUUGGAAAUCACCAGCCAUCUGUACCAAGGAUGAAGCAGUUGGCACGGACAAUUACCAAUUCAUCUUCAUCCUCGGGAAACCUGGGUCUGAAUCAUACAGUAUUUGGAAGGGUAAAACAGAUUAGCCUUUCAUCCUAUCUUAGGCAUUCCUUACAUAGUGGAGGAGGUUCUGAUGCACCGAGUCCUGCACCCAUGCAUCAUCAUGGUCAUCACGGCCAUCAUCACCAUCACCACAGUCAUGACGACAACAGGCAACCAGCUUCUGCUCCCGCUCCAAUACAUUUUCCUGUGCCGCAACCCAGAUAUAGUGCUCCACCUCCAUCUGGAUGUCCAUACAGCAAAAACAAGCCAAAGAAAAGGGGGCCUGUUACACCAGCUGCUGAGCCUGCAGCUAAUGAUCACCGAUCUCCUUCCAUUGCUUUACCGCCACAUCCAUCGUCACCUUCGCCUGCUAGUCCUCGACAUGGUCCCAGUAUGCAGGGUGGAUCUCCUGUUCCUCCCCCUCCUGCUCUACCAGAGCCACCUUUGCCCACCGUUUCGUUUGCUCAUCCACAUCCUCCAAGUGAACGUGGAACAGUGGCAAGUCCUGCUCCAAGUGAAGAGGCAACACGAGCAGAUCCUGCUGGGAUGUCACAAGUGGCACCUGCACCUCAUUCAUCUUAUGCCACCAGGAUGCAGGGCGAUGUUCCCUGCAGCUGGGUCCUUUUUGUCCUCGCUUUAUGCACCCUAACGAGCCUGCUACGAUGA